AUGCUUUCCGUAGUAGCACUUCAGACGCUCCUCCUCCUCGGCCUGGUCACACUCGCCCUCGCCGCCCCGUCGCCCAUACAGAAGCGCAGCUUCAAGGUCGUUCGUGUACCCAAUCCCGUAUUUAAUGGUCGCAGUCCCGGUGCAGGUACCAGGGCGCUCAUCAAGGCGCACAGAAAGUAUGGCGUGGCACUUCCUCAGGGCCUGGUCGAUGCCAUGAACGCCGCCAGCGCUGCGAACGCCCCCGCAACUGCAGAUACCCUCACGAACUCGGCUAUCGCCCUUGAUGCCACCAAGAACAAUGCUGCCGCCGCCGCACCAGCAGCCACCAACGCCACCGGCGCAGGAAACGGCCUCGUCACCGCGACCCCCGAGGCGGGUGAUGUGGAGUACCUCUCUCCCAUCAUGGUCGGUGGCCAGACCAUGAACAUGGAUUUCGACACGGGAUCUUCUGAUCUCUGGAUGUUCAACACGCAACUCAAUCCUCAGUCCCAGACUGGUCACACCAACUUCGACCCCAGCAAGUCCGCCACCUUCCAGCCGAUGGCCGGCGCGUCGUGGCUGAUCUCCUACGGUGACGGAUCCGGAGCCGCUGGCAAUGUCGGAACGGACACGGUCAACAUUGGAGGUGCAACCGUCACCAACCAAGCCGUCGAGCUCGCGACCGCCGUCUCUUCCUCGUUCGUCAGGGACAUGAACUCCAACGGACUCGUCGGCCUCGCCUACUCCAAGCUGAACACCGUGCAGCCCGCGCCGCAAAAGACCUUCUUCGACAACGCCAUGCCCUCCCUCGCCAUGCCCGUCUUCACCGCCGAUCUCCGCAAGGCCUCCGUCGGAUCCUACGAGUUCGGCAACAUUGACGAAACCAAGUACAACGGCACCCUCAGCUGGGCCGCCGUCAACACCACCAACGGCUUCUGGCAAUUCUCCUCCAGCAAGUUCGCCGUCGGCACCGGUGCCCCCAUGGACAUGCCCGGCGGACAGGCCAUCGCCGACACCGGAACCACCCUCAUGCUCGCCAGCGCGCCCAUCGUCAACGCCUACUACAGCCAGGUCCCAGGCGCCGCCAACAACCAGACCGUGGGAGGCGUCACGUUCCCCUGCAACACGCAACUGCCCGAUCUGAUGGUCGACGUCGGAGGAAACUACAUGGCCAAGGUCAAGGGAAGCGACAUCAACUUUGCCCCUGUUGACGCUGCCGGAACAACUUGCUUCGGUGGUCUCCAGGGCAUCAACAGCGACCUCCAGAUCUACGGAGACAUCAUGUUCAAGUCUCAAUUCGUCGCCUUCAACGGAGGCAACAACUCCCUCGGCAUGGCCCCUCACCAGUAG